AUGAGGGCCAUUUCCAGCACGGUUUUGUUUUUCAUAGGCAUUUUUGGAUUAGCAUGUUGUGCGCCUGAGAAAAAAGAGGAGGAUUGGAAUUACUGGGACACCUCCACAAUCGACUUCAUCUCAUACUCGGCCAACGCAAACAAAAUCUAUGAUUUGACCGCAUUCCAAUCAUCCGACGACAUGCUCAAUAACGCUGACCUUACUUACGAUGGCAACAGAGGAACAAAUAUUGAGUCUGCCAUAAGAUUAGCUGCAGAAAGCUUUGAAACAUCAUCGCAUCGAGACAAUGUACAAAAAGUUAUGGUUAUCGUUGCUUCGGCUUAUGAGAGCGGCAAAUACAAUGAUCCAACUGAGAUUGCCAAAACCUUUAUCGAAGAUGGUGGUUUCAUCAUUACCGUAGAAUAUUUGCAAGAACACGGUGAGCCGGUGCCUUUGUUGGACAAACUCUCUAGCGGGCCGGCAUAUACAUUUACAAAUCGCUUUGGAAAUCUUACAACCGAUCAAGUUCGACAAGCUUUCUGCAGAAUUAACUGCUUCUGUCCUACAAACUAUCUGCCAUUCAAUCAAGGUGAUGUUGUACCUACUGGUGGCUGCUAUAGACCCGUUCCCAUAUCUGCAAUCCAGACUCUUGCUGCUAAGAACUGUCGACAACAUCACAAUGCUGUUCUCGCAAAAGUUGAAAGCAGAGAUAAGUCACAAUUCUUGAGCACAGUAUUUCCAUCGAAAACUAAAUUCUGGAUUGGUUUGAAGUAUGUCAAUGGGUAUUACCAAUGGGCUGAUGGAACAUAUCUGGAUCAAUACUAUGAUUUCCAAAUGUGGGCACCAGGAUAUCCUAAUGCUAAUGCCGGCUUGUGCGUGUACAUGUACCAGUAUGCCGGAUUCAGCUAUGGAUGGUUCAACGAUGACUGCAGUGAUGACCAGAAUUACGUCUGCCAGAGUGUACCAUGCAGCGCCGACAACUACUGCACUACUAGAGAAUAG